GAACCAAAACAAAGAGGGACAGGCCUCCAAAACCUCGGCUCCUCCACCGGACACUCAACUUCGACUCGACAUUCUUGCUUGCCUCAAUGGCGUCACAUAACAAUGCCAAUCUGCAUUGAAUGCUCGUACCCGGUCUCGCACCUGUACAGCGCCUACAGCCGUGCCGAUGACCGUUCUCAGGGCAAAGGCGUCCGAUUGACGCAGUGCCCUCGCUGCCAACGGUUCGCCGAUAAAUAUGUCGAAUACGACUUCGUGGUGAUCUUCAUUGAUCUGGUCCUCAUCAAGCCUCAGGUGUACCGACAUCUUCUUUUCAAUCGGCUUGGGCGAGACGAUAAUCUGUUUGAUCGAUCGAUCAUUCGGCUUGGAGUUCUGUUGCUUCUCUUCGACGUCUACCUCACAUGGGCUCGCCUCGAGAAGGACCCUUCACUUGCCACGACUUUUAUUGCGCGCACCCCUAUCAUCGUGCAAUACCUCUUCUUCUUAACCCUGAACGCGGUCGCGACAGUCGCACAUCAUUUCACUGUCCGUAUUCUGGCAUCCUUGCUUGUACCGCAAUCCCAUCGCUACAGCGCUCCCGUGGCCAUGCCCGAUGUAACAACAACUACAUGCCCGCCGUCUGGCGUCAGCGACACAACCACUCCUGUACCCUCCCAUCCUCCCACGCCCACAAUCAGACCAUCGCCUCCCCCUGGCCAAGCGAACAAUUCGGCAACACAGCCUCUGAUCUCACUCGGGUUACCCGCCACCAAGUCAACGCCGAACUUGCACGGAGCAAGCAUUUCAGGCGAGACAGCUUCUCCGCAGGACACCACUCCCGCGAGUAGUACACAGACACAGACACAACCAUCUUCAAUCUCACAACGCCCACCUCACCAACCCUCGCUGCAACGCGCGUCCACCGCGCCAAUGCAAAACAUCCGACCACUUCCUCCCCCGACCGCCGCAAGCCCCACAGCCAUCAGUACCGCACUACUAGUCAGCAGCUGCGCUAAAUUAUUUCCCAUUCUGCUCGUCAUCUGGGGCGCCGACGGCAUCCAUACGGGCCGGACCAACCCAGCCGCACCAGGAAGCAUGGUCCGCAAGGGUAUCGGUGCAUCCAAGGCGGCGCUCUCAUCCGCACGCGAUACCACUGCGUCGCCUUCCCUGUUAGAAUCAACCCUGGCUUCUGUGGAAGUCUCCCUGCGGCCAUAUUUGCCAACGCAGUAUUUGACGGGCUUGUUCGAUCUGCUUGCGUCGUUGCUGUCCCUGGGUGUGGUAGAUGCGCAUCUCGUGCUGCUGAGCAAUAUCGAGGCUUUGUAUAUUCUUCUUGGUUGUGGAUAUUUUCGAUCUGUGGUCGUUGCGGUCGCGGGCCAGGUGGCUAGAUGGGCGGUCCAAAAAGUCAUACUUGGAGCGGUUGGUGUUGGUUAG